AUGAAAGCCACGACACUGCUCUUCGUCUUCAUCACUAUCGUCCACUGCAUCUUCGAAGACAGCACCCACUACCUAAGCAACAUGACUUCCAUUCCCACAAAAGCCUCUCCAGACAGUCCUGAACAAAGGCCGUCAGCCCAAUUCCUCCUCUUCGGCGACAGCAUAACCCAAUCCUCCCACCAAACCCUCAUCCCCCUCCUCAGCACCCUCUACUCCCGCCGCCUCGACAUCGUCAACCGCGGCCUCUCAGGCUAUACCUCCGUAGCCGCCGCACCACUACUGCCCCAUAUCUUCCCGGCACACUCUACGACCAAGACACCACUAAUGACCGUCUUCUUCGGCGCCAACGACGCCUGCCUACCCGGAAACCAGCAACACGUCCCCGUGGAGCAGUACGCUUCUACGAUCCGGAAGAUCAUACAGUAUCCCCUCAUCGCAAAGGGAGGCACGCAUGUCCUCCUGCUGACACCGCCGCCAAUCGACGAAUGGCAACUGGAUAGCAACGGGGGCUUUGGGUCGUCGCGGCGCGCGGCGGUGACGAAGGUUUAUGCGGACGCGGCGCGGUACCUGGCGGUGGAAGCCGCUGGUCCGGAUUGGACUGGGCCCAAUGUUACGCUGGUUGAUGUGUGGCGGCUGUUUAUGCUUGAGGCGGGGUGGUCAGACGACAACGCCACCAGCGGCACAUCGGAUGAGGAAUACCUUCCUGGCGACGCACGACGGGAGAAGAGCGCGGCGUUGGCGAGGUUAUUGAGUGACGGGCUGCAUUUUACGGUGGAGGGGUAUGAGUUGUUAUAUAGGGAGAUGGAAAGGGUGAUUAGGACGAGUGUGCCGGACGCUUGUCCGGAAAGGUUGCCCAUGGUGUUUCCGGAGUGGCAAGACGUUGUGGGGGAUCCGGGGUGGGAAAGGGGCAAUAACGGGGAGGGGAGGCUGUGA